GAAAAGUUUCGAAAUAAUCCCCGCAGAAGACAAUGAGAACAAAUCGCCGGUAUUUCACCAAGAGGAUUGCCUCGGGUUAGCGUCAUGGUGCGUACAACCACUUUACUGCUACGCUUAUCGCCGUCUCUUUGAACUUCGACAAAAUAAACACAGACGCGAGGAGCCUAGUACAAUAGCAAGAUGGUUGCUGGGUGCAUUGUUAUUGAAUCCAGAUGUCACGACGUUCUGGAACAUGCGACGGGAGCUAGUACGGAAUCACAAGUUGGAAGCAUCUGAAGAAUUCUUUUUCUCCCGGCUGGUGCUUUAUCAUAAGCCGAAAUGCUUCGAGGUGUUCGCCUACCGACGGUGGUUAUUGUCGUACAUACUGAACGCUAAGGAUGGACGUUACGACCCGGAAUCAGUGGAAUCGCCUCUUUGUACAGAAUUGGAUAUAGCAACGACGUGCGCGGACAGAUAUGCGAGCAACUAUCAUGCUUGGAGUCAUAGACGUCAUGUAAUGACUCUCCGUGAGUCGCGAGGAUUUGCUUAUCCGAGCCUGGAAUCGGAAUGGAAGAAUUCGCUCACUUGGUGUCAACGGCAUGUGUCGGAUUACAGCGGGCUAUCCUAUCGACAGUUUCUGCUAAAGAAGUACAUGUUCGAGUCGAAGGAACUGCCGAGGGAAUGGUUUCUAAAGUGUCCGGAUGCCGGAGAGCAAUGGAAAGAGGAACUAUUCGCUUAUAUUAAAUCGAACAUCAGUGAUACAGGGGACACGCAUCAACUGCAGAGGUUAUUCGAUGCAGCGAACGCGGAGUCAAGAGCGGCUUCGAGAACGAAGCAACACGCGUAUUUCCGUGCUUUGUCAUAUUGGUUGGAAGAAUGCCGCGCGAACGACAGUGCCAUCUGCACGUACGACGAUCAUGAGGCUCUUUGGUGCCAUCGUAGAUUCCUCGCGUAUCUUCUCGUGUGUUUCAUGGCGUCGAAGUAUUCCUGCCACGGGGAUGAACACGAUGCCGACGGCCGAUCCGUUGACGAGUCGACCGAAGGGAAAAAUGUUGAGAAAAUGUCAACCACUUUGUUGAACGACGACGUGACGUUGUGCCACGAUUUUCUCGUGCAAGCAUUCCGCGCGCGCACUAACAAGAUCGCUGAUCUGGCUACCAAACGAGAUCAACACGAAAAGAUGCUGGUUAAGAGGUUCUUUAAAUUUCUCCAGAGCAUCGGGUUCGAGAUCAGAUCGUGAUCUUGUUACGACGAGAAUUUUACUUUGGAACGAAAGAUAACGUAUGCGUAAUAAGACACAUAAUUCUAUUCGUAUCGGGGAUAGUUUAAUAUGCCACUGUAAAAACCAUGCAAUAACUCUCUUAUUCUGUAUUACACGCAGACGUUAUUCUUAGACGUAUACUCUAUCCAUGAAUUGUAUCUCAAUAGUGCUCUCUCGUCUGAUUCGUUCGCGCGACGAACUCUGUGCGCGUAAAUCAGUGCUGUCUACGAGAGGGGCCCCUUACGUGGCUUUGUUCCCCUUUAUAUGUCAUCGCUGUAAGAGCAAAGAGAGCUAGAAAACAGAUUAACGAAUCUAAUGUGAUUUGCCUCCUCUCUUUCUCUCUCUCUCACACUUUUUUUCUCUCUCUUUCUACCUUGCUCAUAAAACAAAUGGCUAUAGACGAGAAGUGUAUAGCACGUGUGAUAGAGUGUGAAACGCUCUGCAUACCGUAGAGCUGAGAUUGGACAGCACUGUCAAAUGAUAUAGUAUCGUUUUCGAUAA